AGCCCCCGCGGCGCCCCGGCCCCGCCGCCGCCCGGCUCGCAGCGCCCGAGCCGCCGGCAGUUGCGAACCUGCCGCCGUGCGCGGCCCGCCGGGCGCCGCGGCCUGCGGGCGGCCGCUGGUUGGCGGCGGGGGGACACGUGAGGGGGGAGGGGGCAGCGGCGGCGGCAGGAGUUUCCCCGACAGCUGGAGGUUGCGGCGGCGGCUCCUCCUCCCCGGGUCCCCGUUAGAGCCCGGAGACCCCCCGCGCUCGUCCUUAUUGACAAACACACAAAGGGCCGCGCCGGGGCCGUGUCUGGAGCCGGCAUGGGAGACAAGAAGAGCCCGACCAGGCCGAAGCGGCAGCCGAAACCCUCCUCGGACGAGGGCUACUGGGACUGCAGCGUCUGCACCUUCCGCAACAGCGCCGAGGCCUUCAAGUGCAUGAUGUGCGACGUGAGGAAGGGCACCUCCACACGGAAACCUCGACCUGUCUCUCAGCUGGUUGCACAACAGGUUCCUCAGCAAUUCGUGCCCCCUACACAAUCAAAGAAAGAGAAAAAAGACAAAGUAGAAAAGGAAAAAAGUGAAAAGGAAACAACAAGCAAAAAGAACAGUCAUAAGAAAACCAGGCCAAGAUUGAAAAAUGUGGAUCGAAGUAGCGCUCAGCAUUUGGAAGUUACCGUUGGAGAUCUGACAGUCAUAAUUACAGACUUUAAGGAGAAAACUAAGUCACCACCUGCUUCCAGUGCUGCUUCUGCAGAUCAACACAGUCAGAGUGGUUCUAGUUCUGACAACACAGAGAGGGGAAUGUCCAGGUCGUCUUCACCCAGAGGAGAAGCGUCAUCACUGAAUGGGGAAUCUCAUUAAAGUUUAUUUCCUCCAGUUUCUUUAGUCUCUUCUCUUCAAAACAUACAAAUACUUAACUUCUGUCACCUGUUACCACAUUUUCAUGACAGAUUAUUUAUGCACAAUUGGUAUGUUGACUGGAACAUAAUUUAUGCAUUUAAAAAAGAAAAAAGUUCAGUGGUAGAAACAAUAAUUUAAAUGCAAUCUACAAAUGCUUACAAAGCAUUUUGAGACCAACUUUUUAAUAUUCAUGUGUAAAGGUGCCAUGAAAAUGUGGUUUGAAUGUUCAUUAUGCAGUGUUAUUGGUAAGUCCAUUUUCACUUUUAGUUUAGUGAAUUCUAACACAACUCUUGGAGUCUCUACUAUUGGCAUGUACUGAAUUUAAAUUUUUAUGACAUAGUUCAAGCUGCCUAAAUAUGUAUUAUUUGAGAAUUGUGAAACAUAGUUAUAUGUAUGCAAGUCAAAGAUCAACUUAAUCAACUAUUGCUGCAACAGAAUUUUCAUAAUAAUUAUCUUCUUAAAAACACCUGCUGGUACUUGGUGUGGUUAAAUAGGAAAAAUGUUAUUAAAUAAAACAUUUGUAUGAAUUUUUGCCAAUGUUUGACACAUUUUACUAGAUUACUGUUACUGAAUUAUGUUGAUGGUUUUACCAAUAUUUUUUCACACUUAAAACACUUAUUGUAAUGUUUACAAGCAAAAUAGAAAACACAUUCUAAGCAUUGAUUGGUUAACCAUACAAUUCAGGUAAAGUACUACAUUGUCACUGUACACUGGUAUUCUAUGUUGUGUAACAAAUAUUGAACCUUAGAUGACAAUGCAUUUGGCAAAAACUAACAUUUGGAAAUAUGAAAGUUUGGAAAAGCUUUAAAAAUAACAGAAGUGCAGUUCUCAUUUCUGCUUAGUGCUGUUUCCUUGCUCCAAAUUUAUCUACUGUCAUACAGUCACCUAUGAUUUCAUUACAUGAAUAUCAGAUGUUGCACAAGAAUAAGGAAAUAACACUAUUAAUUUUUUGUUCCUCAAUCAAUUUCUUUAAUAUUGAUUUGGCCUAUUAGAAUAUAUUACAUUACAAAUCACAUGAAAAACCUCAGUACCCUACUUUCUAGCAUAAACUGUCAACAUUUAUGCAAUUAGCAAUAUACUGAUACAGAACAGAACUAUUUACAAUCCCAUCUGGUAUUGUGUAAAAUUACCAAUAAAAUAUUUUUGUGAAUACAGAUUUUGCAUUUUUGUUUACAACCAAUAAGUGUUUUGAUACACACAUCCAAACCAUGUAUAGAUUUUAAUUUAUAGGUUCAGGUUCAAUACAAAAGUCCAUUUAGCUCCUUUUAGUGAGGUAGUCCACUUAAACUCCUGUGAUUCUUUUCUUUUUCAUUCAAAGUAAAUAUAUUUUUAAGCCCUUGUAAAAGUUGGAUGGACCUUCUUGGUAGUGAAUCCAGCCCCAAAUUAUUACCAACUCAAGAUAUAGCUUCUUAACAGCUAAAACAAUGGAUUUUUGUAGCCCCUGACAAUUGUGAUGUUUGGUGGUUUCUUGUAGUAAUGUAUUUUUCUGUUUUUAAUGCAGUACUUCUACAGGCACAAUGGUACUGUUCUAUUUUGUAAGAUGCUAGUUGUGAAAUACAGUUAGUUGCAUAAAAUGAAAGUCUGAUGUGAUAUCUGAGAACAUACAUACCUCAUUCCUUGGUGUUGCUGUUUAAACUUUUUAGACAUCAAAUGUUAAUUAUAGGCUAUUUCAGAUGAAUAACUACUGACCUGUUUAUUAUGUAUUCUGCUUUAUCAUACUAAAUAGGAUGUCUGUUAAUUGCCGUUACCUGGCCAAAUCUUAGUAUCUGUAAAACAAUGCAUUUUAAGGUUCUUAAAUGUUUUUGGGGCUGGGCUGGUGUUCAGAAUAACAUACACUAGUUUUUAAAAGAAAAAUACAUGCUUCUCAACUUUAUUUUUUUAUAUUUUAUUUUUAGGUGGGACUGUUUGCAGAAUAUACUGAUGUAAUAGAUUACAAGAGGCUGAAACUGUUUAAAGUAAGCAGUUUAAUGAUAGCAAACCUCAUCAGAAGAUGUUUUAUGAAAUGUGUUUCUAAUUUAGAAUGUAAUGAAUGCUAACACAUUUCAGAAUUCCUUGCAAACAAAUAAUCUAUUACUAGUAGUUCACUAAAAUGGGAAAAUUAUUUUCAUUUAACUUUGUGUGGAUAAACCACCCAGCACUGCCAACAAGAGGUCUCUUUGUAUCUUCAGAAAUAAGUAGCCAUUUGGUUUGGAAGAAAGGGGGGAUGGAGUGGAUUUUACUAUGAUUCAACUGUCUCUAAAGAAUAAUCUCAAAAGUGUGGUACAAGCAUGGCUGUAAUCAAAAAGAAUGCAGGAUAUUCUGAUGGUUGUUUAAGACCUAGAAAAGGAACUUCUAACCACAGAUACAAUGCAGGUCAGCUAGGAUCUAAAAACUGAGCAGUGGUGGUAUGAAUUAUUACGUUGCCAGUGUUUACAUUGCAGUGAUGCCUGUUUUGGCAUUAAAUGAAGUUAAGAUAAUUCUUGCCUGUUUGUGAUUAAAGGGAUGUGACAAUACUGACAGCAGAGUAGACAAAUUCUAAGUAGAAUACGGCAUUUGACUCUGUUCAUGAUGUUAUAAUUUAAAUGAACUUCACUUUCAUAAUUUCUAAAGAAUUCUGACUUGUAGUAAACCUAAAUCCUUUUUCUAACUGUAAAUAUAUUUAAAAGCAUCUUUACUCCAUUUAUAAAAAGUGAAAAUUUAA